AUGUCUUCUGACACCCCAGAGUCCAUCACUGGCGGGUGCCUCUGCGGUGCCAUCCGUUACACCAUCACAUUCCCUCCAGACCACCCCUUCAAAGACCAAACUACCACCUGCCAAUGCUUCCAAUGCCGCAAAAACACAGGCUCCCUCUUUGCGCGCUUCCACGUCGUGCCCCUCUCAGCGCUCAAGUACUCGUCGCAAGACACGCUCAAGACGUACAGCGCCUCGCCGCAGCGCAAGCGCGGCUUCUGUAGCGAGUGCGGCGGCUUCAUAUUCUGGCACGACGAGACCACGCAGCGCAUCGGGAUGACGGUCGGGACGUUUGACAGGGAGGUGCUGGCGCGCUGGGGGAAUUUGCUAACUGAUACCAAGACGCAUAUCUGGUGCGCCGAUGAGAUUCCUGGGGUAACGGAUCAUUUGAAAGGGGAGAAGUGGAAGUUGAACAGUGUGGGGGAAGGGGCAGAGAGGGCGAAUUAA